AUGUUGGGCUCCAUUUUCGCGGGGUGCCUUGGAACAGCUGCCGGGUACAGUGCCUCGCCGCUAAUCGAUGCGUUGGACGAGCCCGUCCUCGCGCGGACCCUCCGAGUAGGAACCACAGCUGCAGCUGCUGCUUUGGCGGUUCAGUUGUGCGUGCUGGAACGCGCUGGCAAAGGUUCCAAAGAGCUGGAGAAGAACGAGGAUAAGACUUUGACCUUCCGCGAGGAAGAUGGCUUGACCAAGCUGGUCCCUCUGAUUCCCGAGCCACGGGCAGACUGCAAGCAGGAACUCAAGAAGUACACCGUCGCUGAGGUGGCGAAGCACAACUCUCGAGAAAGCAUCUGGGUCAUCAUCGACGGCCGCGUUUACGACUUGACAAGGUACAUCGACAAACAUCCCGGGGGUCAUCUGAUGAUCCAGAACAUGGCCGGAAAAGAUUGCACGGAUGCCUUUGCGAACUACCACACGUCGAGGGUGUACAAGCACUUGCUGCCUCCCAUGCUCAUCGGCGAGGCCACGGACGUGGAGGUGCCUCCGCACGUCCAGGACUUCCGGGCCAUCCGCCAGGAGCUCCUUCGCCGCGGGCUCUUCGAGACGGACAUGCGCUUCUACGCCAAGAUGGCAGCGUGGCUCGUGUCCCUUUUCCUCCUGUCCCUGUACCUGUCUCUAGGCUGCGCCUCUGCGACAGCACACAUGGUAGGUGCAGCUGUCAUGGGCCUGUUCUGGCAGCAGUUGGCUGGAAUAGGUCACGACAUGGGUCACAGCGGCAUCACCCACAAGUUCCACUUAGAUCACUCAGUCUGCUCGAUGCUCGUGUGCUUCAUGGGCAUUUCCGUGUGCUGGUGGAAGCGCAACCACAAUACGCACCAUAUAGUCUGCAAUUCCAUCGAGCACGAUCCUGAUAUUCAGCACAUGCCGGCCUUUGCUGUGACGCCAGAGAUCUUCAAGAAGCCGUUCUGGAGUACGUACUACAACGAGCUCAAGGCCAUGGACCGAAUCACCAAGUUCAUGGUCAGCUACGAGCACAUCUUUUUCUACCCGAUCAUGAUGGUCGCGCGGUUCAACCUCUACGCGCAAUCCCUCAUCCAGCUCUGCUGCAAGGAGCCUCUGCACUACAGAAAGACGGAGCUGUGCGCCUUUGCCGUCUACUUCACCUGGAUCGGAAGCCUCGUCUUGUCCCUGCCGACGUGGUCUGAGAUGUUCGGGUGGCUUCUGGUGAGCCAUGCAAUGUCUGGCUUGCUGCAUGUCCAAAUCUGCUGCUCGCACUUCUCGAUGGAAACCUACCACGGUCACGCCUACAAUGGAGCAGACGACGAGUGGUACAUUACGCAGCUGAAGACCACCAUGAACUUUGACACGCCGCCAGUGCUGGACUGGGUGCACAUUGGUCUCCAGUUUCAGAUCGAGCAUCACCUUUUUCCGCGCCUUCCUCGUCACAAUCUCCGCGAAGCUCGGAAGCUUGUGAAAGAGGUGUGCAAGAAGCACAACAUUCACUACCACGAGCCAGGUUUCUUCCAGGCGAACCUGGAGACUUUGCAGUGCCUGUGGCGCACGGCGAAGGCCGCACGCUCGGCAAAGCGCGGGGACAGCGGCUUCUUCGAGAGCUGCCUGUGGGACGGCCUGACAUUGAACGGCUGA